AUGGGUAUAUGCAGUUCCUGUGAAGCCACCUCUGUAGCCACAGCAAAACUGAUAUUAUACGACGGAAAAUUACAGGAAUAUCCAUAUCCUGUAAAGGUUUCUUAUGUAUUACAGCAGAACCCUACGUAUUUCAUCUGUAAUUCCGAUGAAAUGGAUUUCAACGACGUGGUUUCAGCGGUGAGUGACGAGGAGGAAUUGCAGCCGGGUCAGCUUUACUUUGCUCUGCCAUUAAGCCGAUUGAAGCAUCGGCUUCAGGCGGAGGAAAUGGCGGCAUUGGCCGUGAAGGCCAGCUCGGCGUUGGCCAAGAAUGGUUGCAGCGAGAAUCAGCUGAAGCCGCCGUCGAGGAAAGUGGCGGACGGUCACAGUGGAGAUACUGAAAGUAGGAUGAGGAGGAGUGGUAGUGGCGGUGGUGGGAGGAGAGGGAAGUAUGAGGCAAUGCUGAGUGCAAUACCUGAAUAG